UAGAAGUUCCCCUCACUGUCAUUAGUGAAUGUCUGCUACAAAUUUGUAGACGUGUUCUAAUAUUUAUUGUUUAUGAAGAAUUUCGACCCUGUCACCAAAAAUUGUGAAGCCUCUGAAGAGAUAUAUCCGAUAAAACUAAAAUAUAAUGGCAGAUGAAACCCCAGAAGUACCAGCCGAACCCGAAGAAGAGGAAGCGCCACCAAUCCCGGAACCGCCAUCGGAAAUGCAUGAUAAAUCGGGAGAGUUAACUGGGUCACCUGAAAACAGCGCCGAACUCUUAGAAGAAUUCGAACCUGUCCCCUACGUAUUCCUUCUAAAAGACGCUCUGGGCCAGGACUUAUCGCUUUCGCCCAAUAACCUGACCAACGCCCAAAUGGAGUGUCCCGCGUUUCAUGUACUUCUCGAUCAUUUGAUAGCGGUUCUGUGGUCCUUCUAUUCGAAGAAACAUGAAUUAUUGGGAACCACUCAAGCUCACUGGGCGUUGAAAAUAUUGGAAGGCACCAAAGACCGUCACGGGAUAUACAGUGCCGAUGUUGCCAGAGCUAUAGAUGACUUACAGGACGCCUAUAUGGACAUUUGCUCGAAAAUCGACCCCAACGAAGUAUCUAAUCGCGAAUACUCUUCUGUUCUUGAAUCCACCCGUAUCAACCUUAACACCUCAGCAAAAGAGAAGGUCCAAAGCUUGGAUUCGUACGCUGAAUUCGAAAUGAGCCUUCGGAAUAGAGAUCCCAAUUCUACAAAAACAUCAAAUAAAGCGGAACCUGCGCCACCGCAAACUGGUUCUUAUGAUGUCUUCGAAGCAGGUAUCCAACAUCAGAAGCGCCAAGAUAGAUACAAUGCGUCCCAGAAAAUAGAUAUUUCUUCGAUUCAUUUAGCUGAUAUGCUGCAAAAAGCAGAAUCUGCAGUUAUUGAAGAGUUGCUGGGAAGUGGAUCAACCAUGGAAUAUGAAACGGCGAUUGAUGAAACACCCCCGAAAGUUAGUUUCCGACCGCAGGAAGAGGACUCUCGUCUCCGACAGCAAGUGAUGCUAUCAGAAAGAAGUAAUAAAUUCCGCGAUUUGGAUGAACUGUUGCAAGAAAUAAAGAGAAUCGAUGAUCAGUUAGAAAGUAUGAGGAAGGAGUCGGAGUCGAAGUUGGCUAACCAACUUAAAAAUAUUGCGGAGGAUUAGAUUCGGGUGCUGAACAAUGAAAUCAUGUUUCAAAUUAGGGAUAUGCAUACAAUGUUUGAAAUUCCAGUGUUCAUAUUAUCUUAGGUGAAAAUUUACAGAUAUUUAUAUACAAUAUUCCA